AUGUCAGCAGCCAAAACAAGCUCCAAAAAACGAGUUGCCGAGUCGUUACUCACCAAAUCGGCAUCCAAAUUCAGAAUCGAGGACGAGUUUGAUCCCGAUCUCUCCAGUGAUAUACAGGGGAUAAUGUCGGCGCUACACCUGAUCAGAGAGAAAGCUCAAAAGGACGGUCAAAAGAAGAACGAACAGACGAUUUCUAGUGUGGGCUCUGAGAUCAAGUCUAUGAUUGAUGAAUUGAAGUCUAAGAUAGAGAAGGACAGGCAAACUUUUGCCAAGGCACUCUCAAAGAGCUCAAAGGAGUGUGAAAAUUGCUUGAAGAGUGAGACUGCUAAGUUUCAAGAGAUCUACGACAAAUUUUGCAAGGAAAAAGCAACUCAUUUGCAGGCUUUGAAAGAUACUAUUUCCAAAUUCGAGGAAGAAAAGGAAAGGCUGUGCAUGAGAUAUGAACAAAUAAGGAAGAAAGAGAAGAGCAUGAUCUCUGAGCAUGAGAAAACCUGUGCCGAUAAAAUUGCCAAAUUGGAGGAGUCAUUGAAAAAGAAAAAGCAGGAUGACAGAACUUUCAGCAUUUUGAGGAAAAGCCUUGGUUCGUUCCUGGAAAAUGGCUCAGAUGAGGACUUCCCUCCUGAUGAUUGA